CAAUUUCUAACCAGUGUGGCGCUACGCGCUCCAGGAAGAUAUCGUACUACCCGAAUAUCAUAAAGUUCCUUAUUGUCACCAAACAUAUUCUGGGUCUACGUAAUCAUUUGUUCAUUCAAACAGAAACAACUUUUUCACCAAUCCGCAAAGUUAUUUAGACUAUAACGUCACACAGUUAAUGCGGUUUACAGUAAAUGUGAGUACGAUCUAUGACAAUGAAUUUCAAAAAGAAUGUGAGUGGCAAUGUCAGUGUAAGUGUCCUAAAGCCUCUGCCCAUAGCUUCUUGGGUAUACAGUUGAUGUUCAGUGACAGAAUUCCAUUUCCUUCACUCCAUAUAUAUAUAUAUAUAUAUAUAUACAUUUGAAUAUGUCAGGGACAAUCGUUAAACAAAUAUUUAUAGCUAUAGGUAGCUAUUUGUUUACGUUGAAAUUUAAAUGAUUAUAGUAUUAAUAAUAUCAACAAAAAUAAAAGCGAUGGAAAAUAUAUAAUUGUGUAAAUCACAAUAUAACAAUAUUACACCAAUUAGAAUACUAAUAAAUCAUAAACGUCGUAACAAAAGGGAUGAGAAGAAAUCACUAAAGCAAUUGAAAUGGCUUGUCCUUUUUCACAAUCAUUUGCAAUAACUAGCUGUCAAGAAGAUGAAGAAGGCAAAGACGUAACCGACGAUCAUCCAAGAUAUCGUGUAAAACGAGAUGAUAAGCUCAAGCCUUUUAGACAAUCUUCAGUGCAAAUUACCUCAUCCUUGCUUGGCGAGGACAUUGAUGAAGAAGAAGAUACCCAGACGCUCAACCUUAAACAUUUGCGUGCCGCUGUACUUAUGCUGACAAAUCCGUCGAAUGAAGUAAUUGCUGUCGCUCUAGAAGAUUUUUUAAGCAAAAAUGAAGUUCCAUUGGCAAUUUCCGCAUGUUUAGAAAAACUUCUUUGCAAUAUUGAAAUUGAAGAGAAUUACAAUCUAUUAGAAGACAUUUAUGAGACGCUUAAUGAUGAAUGCGAUAUAGACGCAAACGAUUUUUUAGAUCAUCUUGGGCAAAAUGUAAUUGCAACUGCGUGUGUAGGCUUAUUGGAACGAGCUUUUCGAUGUUUAGGUAAUGAUUUAUUAGCAUUUUUAACAACCUUAGAUGGUGUUAAUGAUGUAGUACAACACCAGUCGGGUUCAGACAACGAAGCUGAAUUCGUGUGUAUAGCAACGCCAGGUGCGCUGGAACUUCAUUUUACUACUGAUCACCCGUCCAUUGCAUAUCUUUUAGUUGGAAGUCUUAAAGGCAUUGCCAGACAAUUUUAUAACGACAAAACAGAUGUGUACAUAUUGCCAGAUCCUUAUAACAUCAAGUUUUUUAGAUAUCGCAUAACGCCAGAACGCUACGCAGAAAAUUUAGACAUUGACGAUGACUUGGAUGUUACGUCGCCACACGUUUGUCAACUUUCCAAUGAGGCAAAAGACCUUAGAAUAGGAGUGGCUAGUUUUUGCAAAGCUUUUCCAUGGCAUUUCGUAGUGGAUAGACAACUUGAACUUGUCCAGCUAGGUGUUGGAUUUAUGCGAAUUUUUGGACAACAUUUAAAUAGCAUUGGUAGACAUAUUUCAUCUUAUUUCGUAUUUACAAGACCUAAAGGUGUCACGCUUACAUUUCAUGAAAUUCUCAAAAGAGCCAAUACUCCUUUCGUCCUUGCACUUCAGAAACCAAAAACUGCCGAUAAAUUUCAAACAGAGGGAUUGGAAUUUAAAGGACAAAUGGUUCACUGCCAGGAGUCUGAAUCAAUUCUUUUUGUUGGAUCGCCCUUUCUUAACGGAUUGGAAGGACUAACCGGUAGAGGACUCUUUAUCUCAGAUAUUCCUCUUCAUGACGCUACAAGGGAUGUAAUAUUGGUUGGAGAGCAGGCUAGGGCACAGGAUGGCUUACGACGACGUAUGGACAAAUUAAAGAGUUCUAUAGAAGAAGCAAAUCGCGCUGUUGACACGGAGAGAGAAAAAAACGUUAGUCUUCUUCAUCUCAUAUUUCCACCAGAUAUCGCAAAAAGACUUUGGCUAGGAGAAACAAUUGAAGCUAAAACAUAUGCCGACGUCACGAUGCUAUUUAGUGAUAUUGUAGGGUUUACAGCAAUUUGUUCAACUGCAACCCCAAUGAUGGUUAUUAAUAUGUUACAAAAUCUUUACGAGCAAUUCGAUAUUUACUGUGGGCAACUAGAUGUCUAUAAGGUUGAAACCAUCGGUGACGCUUAUUGUGUAGCAUGCGGACUUCAUCGAAAUACGAAGACACAUGCUCAGCAAAUUGCUUGGAUGGCAUUAAAAAUGAUUGAUACAUGCUCUCAGCAUCAUACUCAUGAUGGAAAACCUAUAAAGAUGCGUAUUGGUGUUCAUACUGGAAUGGUGUUAGCGGGAGUAGUUGGUAAAAAAAUGCCCAGGUAUUGUCUUUUUGGACAUAAUGUAACACUAGCAAAUAAAUUUGAAUCCACUAGUGAACCACUUAGAAUUAACAUCAGCCCAACAACGUAUCAAUUUCUUACACAAAAACCCGGAUUUAUAUUAGAAGAAAGAACAAAAGACAAUCUACCGAAAGAGAUGCCUGCAAAUAUUACAGAUAACUGUUAUUUUUUAAAUAACUACAGGGAUGAAAAUAUAGAUGAAAACGAAGCACUUGACAUUCACAUUCAAGCUGCUAUCAAGGAGCUUGGAAUAGUCAGCAGCAAUAUGUAAAUAAAAACUAUCUGUUCUGUCAGAAAGAAGAGUCUAAACACCGAAACGAAACUAUGUAUGUACAUGUAUACUAAAAAACAACCCAAUGAGUAGGAAAAAUUAAAAAGAAUUGAAAAUUUUUGGCUUUCCAUAAUAACGAUAAAUUAAUCUUUUUAAAUUCCAUUCUCUGUCCAAUACUUUUGUAUAUGUUUCAACUAAGUUUUCUCUUGAAAGUGAAUUACAAUAUGUUCCAUUUUAAUACUUGACGAACAUUUGUUUUGAAUUAAAAGAAUACCGAAGUAUGUCUCUUCUUAAGCAAAUAGUAUAGAUUAUAAAGCUGCAAAGACAAUAGUCGAAUAACUUAAGUUAUUCGACUUCUGCUCUGAAAUUCAAAAGUUCAAAUCUUCAGACCGACAAUUUUUUUUCUGCUUAAAAUUUUAAAAUGCUGUUGAAAAGAAUUAAAUUGAGCUUAUUUUCAAUUACUCCAAAUGAAUACAAAAGAAUUGAACAGAAUUGGAAUUCAUAAGAAUAAAAAAUUCUCAAUUUCUCUUAAUUUUCACUUUUUACUGGGAACGUACCAACAAUGUUAUUUAAUAUUGUAUCUUUCAAUAUUGCUAAGAGUAAUAAAAAUGUUUACAAUUUAA